AAUACGGGUGUAGAAUUUUUAUAUCAAUUUAUUUCUUUAGGCUUUUUCUAAUUAUUACUAAGAUACAUUAGGAUACUUCUGAAUAUGAGUGAAAAUAAAGAAAUUGAGAAAAAGGUGCCUAUGACUGAUGAAGAAAGGCUAGCCUUAUGUCAAAAACUAGACCAAGAGUUAGAUGAUUUUAUCAAUAGCUUAGAAAGAAAAAGGUACACAGAAGGAUGGCCAGAAGAUCGAUGGGAGGAAGAAAUGGACAAGCAUCCAUUUUUCAUGAAGUCUGUACCUGAAAAUGGAGAAUUAUCACCCUUGGCUGAAGGUUUGGCUAAGCUUAAAUAUGACCCUGAAGAGAAUACCCCACUAGAACUUACCACAAGCUACAAAGAAGAUGGAAAUUUUAACUUUAAACACAAAAAUUACAGACUUGCAAUAUUAGGGUACACAGAGGGUAUUAAAGUAAGAUGUGAUGAUCCAGAAAUGAAUUCCAGUUUGUACAACAACAGAGCUGCCGCACAUUGGUUUUUGAAAAAUUACCGAUCAGCCUUAUUCGACAGCGAAAGAGCAUUAUCAUUCAAACCUGAUCAUACCAAAGCUCGAGUGAGAGCUGCAAAAGCUGCAUUAGAGUGUUCCAAGUACGACACAUGUAUUGAACACUGUCAAAAACUUUUGGAAAAUGAUAACAAGGAGAAAGAAAUAAUAGAUCUCCUAAACACAGCUAAGAAAAAGAAGGCUAUUCAAGAUAGAGAUGACAGAAGAAACAAAAAAGAAGCUUCCAAAAAGAAGGACCAAAAGGAUGCCAUUGUAAAAGCAAUCAUAGAAAGAGGUAUUAAAAUUUCAAACUGUGAAGAUGAGGAUGAUAUUGAUUUAUCAAAACUAGAACCCAGUUUACCGGGAGCUCAAGAUUCAAUCGUACACAUUGAAGAUGGUGUUCUGAAAUGGCCGGUCCUACUUCUGUAUCCUGAGUACCAGAUGACCGAUUUUAUUAAAUCAUGUCCUGAGAAUGUUCCCCUGGUGAAUCAGUUGCAGCAACUGUUCCCCGCACCCUGGGAUGAGAACAGCAAGUACAGCGUAGGAACAGUCAAUGUGUAUUUUGAAGGCUACGACAAAAUGCCUCAUGUAGUUGAUCCAACAAAAAAAUUAGGAGAUCUACUGCUGUUAAAAUAUUUUGAGCUCAAAGCUGGAACUCCAGCAUUCUUUGUGCUGCCUCGAAAAAGUCAGAUUGAAGUCAGAUUUCUGGAAAGCUACCUGUAAGGUAGGUGUAAUAUGGUUUAUACUUAAGUCUAUGUAAAAAUUGAGGAGCUGGUGAACAGAACUGGAUUAGUCCGCGAGAAAAAAAAUUACACAGUGG